AUGUCUUCUGCUACCAGCUUCCACGAGUUCAAGCCCCUGGACAAGAAGGGCAAUGUCUAUGAUCUGAGCAAGCUGAAGGGCAAGGUCGUCCUUGUCGUCAACACCGCCAGCAAGUGUGGCUUCACCCCUCAGUUCGAAGGUCUCGAGAAGUUGUACAAGGAACUCAAGGCUGCCCACCCCAACGACGUCGAGUUCCUCGGUUUCCCCUGCAACCAGUUCGGCUCCCAAGACCCCGGCUCCAACGACACGAUCCAGGAAUUCUGCCAACUCAACUACGGCGUCAGCUUCCCCGUCCUCGGCAAAACAGACGUCAACGGCGACAAGGCCGAGCCCGUUUUCGAGUGGAUGAAGUCAGAGCAGCCCGGCCUCAUGGGCCUGAAGAGAGUCAAGUGGAACUUUGAAAAGUUCUUGAUUGGCAAGGAUGGAAAGGUCAAGGGUAGAUGGGCAAGCACCACCAAGCCUGAGGCUUUGAAGGCCCCUAUUGAGGCUCAGUUGAAGGCUUAA